GCGGACAACCAUACCAGUUCAAACUCGCUCAGGUUAGUUGGGGACUAAGGAAGAAAAAAGAAAGGGGGGAAGAAAAAACCCGCGCUCGGUCACAUUUUGUGCUUUGAGCUUUCGAAGUAGCGUAAUGUGAUAGGAAGGAGGAAAAGCUAGAAAUGCUCGGAGGGAGUCCUAGUUGAAUGUUAUCAGCAGGGAGAAGGGGGAGUAGAGCCAGAGGAGACGACAGAUCAGAGGCGAACUUUUGCUUCUCGAUGGUCCUCAUGAUUGAUCUUCAGCCCGACGGGGACGAACUAAAGCCCGUCAGAGUGGCCAGUAAAAAGGAAAAAGCGGCUUUAACCCAUUUGGAAAAUGAAAAUGGAACAGAAGAAAAGAAGAAAUUGGGAAAACCAGGCUUUGGGGUGCCACAAAUAUCAUUUAAUGAGGCUGACAGCUUUGAAGACCAGAAAAAAGUUGCAAUUGCACGGUCGAAGACAAUUGUGGAUAAUAGUUUCUUGAUGUUAGAUGGCAAGAAUGACUCAAAGGCUGAAAGGAAGAAGCAUAGCUCAAACCAGUUCAAGGCAAAUGCUCAUUUUCACAAGCUGUUUCUAGAUGUCCCAAUUGAUGAACCUUUGAGGCAAAAUUUCACCUGUGCCUUACAGAAAGAAAUCAUGUAUCAAGGGAAGCUAUAUGUAUCAGAGAACUGGAUUUGCUUCCAUUCCAAAGUCUUUGGAAAAGAUAUCAAGAUUACUAUACCUGUGUUAUCUGUAACACUAAUAAAGAAGACUAAAACGGCCCUUUUAGUGCCAAAUGCUCUCAUUAUAACUACAGUCUCAGAUAGGUACAUGUUCGUCUCUUUUCUGUCCAGAGACACUGUUUACAAACUGUUAAAAUCUAUUUGCAGUCAUCUAGAGAAUGCGAGUGUUGGCAACAGUCCUAAUCCUUCUCCCCUAGAAAGUAGUUUCAGAGCUGAUUGUCCUACAACAUUACCUCUGGAUUUCAGUCAUGAUUUCUCUGAACUGGAUGGCAUCAUACAGAGACGUAGAAAGGAGAUGGAAGAGUCCAGCAGCACUGGAUCUCAAACCCCGGAAUUGGAACACUUUCAAGAUUAUCACAAGACUGAUAACCAGUCUCAUUUUAAAAGUUCCAAGACAGACACAAAAGAUGCCCAUAAAGAUGUACAGUCUAAAUGUAGGUGUGAUGAUCAAAUCAGGAAUGUUUCAGGAAACAUUUCUUCAGGAAUCCUCGGAUCUUUUGACAGAACGAAUUUUCAAUUAUUUUUAUCGGUGACACACGUACUCAUUGUUUAUGCAAUUCUUGUUUUUAUCCUCAUUUGUUCCACAUUCUAUAUGCGAUAUAAAGUUAAUCGUUUGGAAGAGCAACUUGUAUCUAUGGCUUCUACUGUGGAUCCACAUAAGGAUGAGUACAGAUAUCCAAUACAAGGUGGUUUGGGAUAUCACCAAAAAUUUAAUGUUGAUGGUCUGUAUGCAGAGCUAACAGCUAAUCUUAUCAAACUGGAAAAGAUACAAAGCAAUUUACAGAAGCUACUUGAAGACAAUAAGUGAACUGCCUGUUGCCUUUCAAUUACUUCAUUCGCACCUCAUUUUUUCUCUGGAUAAGCAACUCUGAAGAUAAUAUCAGGCUUAGCCAAUCAAGUUAUGUGUACUUGAGCUCAGUUCGGAUUCACAGUUCUCAUGCAAUAGCAUCUGUUUUCUUAGAGGACAAUCCAUUUCUUUGUCUACUCUGUAUAUGAUGAAUAACUGAGGGAAUCCAUCUCAGGCAUUAUUAUUAUGAUCCUGACUGGCUCAGGUUUGACUAAAUCUUCCAUCCUUCCGAGGUCGGUAAAAUGAGGACCUAGAUUGUUAGGGGCAAUAUGCUGACUCUGUAAACUGCUUAGAGAGGGUUGUAAAGCACUGUGAAGCGGUAUAUUGGUCUAAGUGCUGUUGUUAUUGCUAUUAUAUUGCUUAAACUUACCAUAAUUCCAUUCUGUUCUACUGUUUUUUAGGCAACCAAUAUGAGCAUAUGCAAUUUGCUGUGGAAUUAUGCCUGAAAAACUUUAUAGCUUGUAUAUGCUUAUAUUUGAAACAUUCUAAUUUUCUUUUUUUCUCUCUACCUGGACAAGAAGGAAAGUCUGAACAUAUUCAGAAUGUCAUUAACUGGACUCUAUAAACUUAAUUUUGUGACUACGUUAGCAUUUUGAUUUGAUCGAGUUCUUUCCAGUUGGAUCUGGCAUGUUCCUACAAAGUUGCCAAAUAGAAUCUGGGCUGCAUGCUCAACUGCAAUUAAGUAUAUUUUCCUGUUUUACACAGGAUCAUGAAUGCACACAUACAUGUACACCUAUAUUCACCAAAGCCUUCAUUGGUAAAGUUUUCUAUCAUGUCUAGGUAAAGCAUAUCCAAGGACUCUUGUAAUCAAAGUUUGACAAUCCUAAUUCCAUAGAGUUGGCUCAGACCAAAUUAGUAACAUGUUGAGUCAGGUGAAAUGUGCGUGUGUGUGUGUUUCAGUGAUUGUUGACUCCUGUCAACUACCAGGACUGUCCCUGCAGUUUUCUUGGCAAAGUUUCUGUAGUGGUUUGACUUUGCUCCCUUCCUAGGAGAGAUUGUUCCAUGGUCUUCCAGCUGGCUUUGUGCCUAAAGUGGGAUAGAACUCUCCUGGCUUCUAGCCCAGUGUCUUAACCGCUAUACCGAACUGCCUGUCUGUAGGCCUUAGUUAGACAUUAUUUUAGAAUUACAUUGGUCUUAGUGGUUCACUAAUACAGUCAUUUGUAUAAGUUAUAGCCCUAAUUUCUACUGGAGUUUAAAUAUGUCAUCAAUAUUUAGCCCAAUUGAUUUAGAUGGCCUGAAAUCUGUGCAUUCCUAUUCCAAUUAUGCAAUUGGUAUAAUGUUUUUAAAUAAAACAGCAAAUCAUCUACAAAAUUAGAGUGGACGAUCAGAUAAAGACUUUAUAACAGGAAUCUGGAUUAUUUCAACUGAACCAAUUGAUAAACUUGUAAAUUUGACAUACUUUAAGUUAAUUAUAAGCCAAGGUUUGGGGGAUUUUUACUUUAUCAAACUCCUUAUUUUUCCUUUUAUUUUUGAUAUACUAUAAAUGUUACUGUAUUUGAGUAUUGCAAUCUGUCAUAUUUGUAUUAGAAUUUUCAUUUCAUUCAUUCUUAUGGAAAGAUGGCUAAUUCAUGAGUUCAGCAUCUCAAAACAAGUGAUGAAGUAAUGUGCAAUAUUAGUCCAUAGCAUUUUAAUAUAAAGCCAUGAUUUUUCCAUUAGAAUAUCCUUAACUUCGGCUAUACAGACAGUCCUUGAUUAAAUGAUCACAAUUGAGCCCAAAAUUUAUGUUGCUAAAUGAGACAUUUGUUAAUUGAGUUUGGCCCCAUUUAAUGACCUUUCUUGCCAGUUGAGUGAAUC